GCCUUUUAUUUUGAAAGUCCUGGCCUGGCUAGAGCAUCUAGUUGAGGCUGACUUUAUGUUUGAUGGCGAAAACGCUGGGCAGGUUUUGCUGCAUGCUGCUCGUUUUCCUUUCCAUUUUGUUUGUAACACCUUCCCUGCCUGCCUCCUGCCCAUCUCUGGGGAACAGGAUGCUCCGUUUGCAAGUGUUCCUCCUUCACCUUUGAUGCUCGGAGGCAAACGAGCAUCUGGACGGACGGAACUGAUGGUGCUGGUCCCAGGGCCCAAUUUACUGACUGAUCAUACACAGAAAGAACGGACGGACGGACGGACGGACGGCAAAUCAGGCAGGCCAAGAGGCUUUUCUCAAGAGACAACGUCACUCUGGGUCAAAACAUGAAGAUUUGGAGCACAGAGCAUGCUUUCAGUUACCCGUGGGAGACGGUGAUCAAGGCCGCCAUGAGGAAGUACCCUAACCCCAUGAAUCCGCACGUGGUGGGCGUGGACGUGCUGGAGCGCCGGCUGGAUGCGGAAGGACGCCUGCACAGCCACCGACUCCUCAGCACAGAGUGGGGCCUGCCGGCCAUCGUACGAGCGAUCCUGGGAACCAACCGCUUGCAAACCUACGUCAAAGAGCACUCCGUCGUGGACCCCGAGGAGAAGAAGAUGGAGCUGUGCUCGACAAAUAUUACGCUUACCAAUCUGAUCUCGGUGGAUGAGAGGCUGCUUUACGCACCUCACCCAGACAACCCUGAGGUCACCAUUCUGACGCAGGAGGCCGUCAUUACAGUGAAGGGAGUGAGCUUGAGUAGCUACCUGGAGGCUAUGAUGGCAAGGAGGAUGUCUGCUAAUGCCAGGAAGGGUUGGGAUGCAAUUGAGUGGAUUAUUCAGAACUCUGAAAGGGAAAAUAUUACUCUUUGACAUUUACUACCUCUGGAUAUCUUGAGCGAGUGCUUUGGAUGAAUGCAUGAAGAGAGGAAGGAAGGAAGGAAGGAAGGAAGGAAGGAAGGAAGGAAGGAAGGAAGGAAGGAAGGAAGGAAGGAAAGAAGGAAAGCGAGUCUUUGUGGACUGGGCACACUGCACAGAGCCUCGCUUACCAUACCAGUGGAGUGAGUACUGUACAUUUACAAAUAUGCUGGAAUGAGCAACCUCUGCUCCAAUAGAGGACUGACUGUGUGCACAACACAAUAAAAGACCACAAAAGGCACUCGUGGUAUUUAUUUU